GCUAUUUAUAUUUUGAGUUACUCUUCAAAAGUGGUAUACCUCUAGUUUGGAGCUGUGCUGUAAAAACAAGAGUAACAUUUUUAUAUUAAAGUUAAAUAAAGUUACAACUUUGAAGAGAGGUUCUGCAAGACAUGACACAAAGCUGCUAGCAGAAAAUCAAAACACUGAUUAAAAGAUGCAAGGUAUGAUGACCAAACACAAAAAGUGUGUUAUAAUUGGUGUUACUUUAAUAAUAAUAACUAAUAUUAUUACUGUAAAUAUAGUUAAACUAACUCAAGAUUCUCAGAGUUUAUGCCCAUAUGAUUGGAUUGGUUUCCAAAACAAAUGCUAUUAUUUCUCUAAAGAAGAAGGAGAUUGGAAUUCAAGUAAAUACAGCUGUUCCACUCAACAUGCUGACCUAACUAUAAUUGACAACAUAGAAGAAAUGAAUUUUCUUAGGCGGUACAAAUGCAGUUCUGAUCACUGGAUUGGACUGAAGAUGGCAAAAAAUCGAACAGGACAAUGGGUAGAUGGAGCUACAUUUACCAAAUCGUUUGGCAUGAGAGGGAGUGAAGGGUGUGCCUACCUCAGUGAGGAUGGUGCAGCAACAGCUAGAUGUUACACAGAAAGAAAAUGGAUUUGCCGGAAAAAAAUACACUAAAUGUCUCGGAUAAUGGGGAAAACAGAAAGUAACACUAGUAAGUGUAAAACCGGCAGAGAAUUUUUUUUAAUUAAACGAAGUUCAAGUUUUGUACCUGUCUGGUUAAUUCUGCUUAUGUGUCAGGCUACACAUAAAAGCCACUUCAAAGAUUGGCA